UCUACGCCGCACAUGCACACACUCUCUAUACAUUCCCCCACCCACGCACAUCCCGACCUGAAACCCCACCCCUUGACUAUUCGAAAGGCUGGAUUAACAACUAAUUGUGGACCCUGGAAUAGCCUUUGUUUGCUCCUCCAAAGACGUGUAAGUCGGGUGCUUUUUCGCUGCCGCCGGCACAAUGGGACUGUUCCCCGGCAUUUGCGUGAAUCCCACUCGGCAACAGGCGGGUGGCUUGCCGGCCACAACAACACGGAGCGCUGACGCCGAGCCAGUUCCCGACGCCGGGCCGAUGGACAUGGCUAGGGCUAGGCCGAUGUCCAUUUUAUUGUCCACUUCCACGUCAAGCCUCAAUGUCAAUAAUCUUGUGUCUUUCGUAAAUGUUAUUGGAAACAGGGACGCAUGUUUGCACGUCACGUACGCAAAGGCCGGCCACGCCUGCACAUACGCAAAGGCCGGCCACGUCUGCAAAUCGCACCAUGUGCAUCUGGUCCCCACAAUAGAACUCAGUUUUCGCCCACCAGCGAAAGCUCCUAGUGGUGUACAGAUGCCUAUUGUGGCGUUGUCGGGUCAGUUACCCGUUCCACCUUCUCCAGCCUCGUAUAUGCACGUACGGGAAACAGAUUUGCAGGUGUGCGUGGUUCCUUUGUUGCAUAUGCACAAUUAGUCUUGUUUGAUACCCACCACUACUCCCUGCUGUCCCCCGCUGCCCCUCGAAAACUCGUUUCUUUUUUUUCCCCUUCCGUUUUGACGCUCGCAGGCGAGAAGCAGAGGAAAAAAAGAGGAGGGGCUGCAGGGUCCGACGGAAACUAGGAUUGUUCAUAGGCUCGACCCUCCAAUUAGCGAGCGUCAAGGCUGGUUUUUUUUUUCCAACGUUGCGUUUGGAAAUUCCCAAAGUUAGUGCAGCAAACGUUGCUGCGCACCCAUGAAUAAUUAUUAAGCAGGAGCCUAAAAUGUACGAGUAUUCGGCCAUUCCCACAAAACCCCCCGUUUUCACUUUUGCAAUUGUUCGCCUGUGAGAGUUUAGCAUUAUUCUUUAUUAAUACCUUAACCAACUUUUCCCACCCUCGUCGUGAUGGUGUGGCUAGUACAGAUGGUUUAGAUUCAAUUCUAGAGCUCUUUUCUUUUUUUUUGGUUUCCAAGCGUGUAUCGGGUUUG